AUGGACGGAGAGGGGGCGCUCGGGUCUAAACCUCUGUCUCCAAGAGCGAGAAGGAUGGCCGGGUCGGUGUUGGACACGCCCCGGGGCCGAGAAAUGUUCAGCCAGUUCCUCGCGCGGCUGGCACGCCAACCAGCGCCGAGUGAAGAGCCGACUCCGGCGAGGACGACGGCUCGUGAGACCGCGGAAGCCGUGAUGUCGACCCCGAGAGCUCGGCCAGGAGACGCGUUCCCCUUCGAUGCGUCGAGGCAGUCGCUACCUCUUGUGAGUGAGACGCGAGGCGAGACGACGAGGCACCCUUCUCCGGGUGUGGAGGAACGCCAUAGUGUUGCUGGAAUGCCGUUCCCGGAGCGUGGCACGCCUAGAAGGCAAGGAAUGACGCCAGUUCAGGCGGUGGAGAUGCCGACAAGGAGGGCCGGAACGCCGACGACAGACUCUGCGUUGCAAGAAAUGCUGGUCGACACGUUCAGUCGGGCACUCCAGAGACUGUCAGUCUCGGCUGAAACGCCAACGAGGACGCCACGAUCCGAAGGGGCGAGACCUUUGUCGCGCCCAGAGCCGGCGGCUACAGGGAACGCCUUAGGCAGUCAGACGCGACUGGUUAGCACGCCGAUGGUCGGGUAUCAGGGUCCAAUAGCUUCCAGGGUGGCGCUACCUCCGCCAGCUUCGACGCCAGUGGGAAUGCCGAUGGCUGCGAUCCCGUCAUACGGUAGCGUGAUCAUUCAGGUACCGAGCAGAGCAGGAAUGAUGGAGGAGACGGCGCGGCGCGCCUGA